UAAAACUAUGACAAAAUUCUCUCUCUCUCUUCAUGACAAGUUCCAUGCAAAAGCCUGUAGCACUCACUCUAUAAAUAAAAAGAAAAAGCAGUAGAGAAGAGAGAGAAAGUCUCCUGCAAUGGCCCCCUCUGACACCUAUGAUAUCUCUGCCCACAACCUCUCCUACUCCAUCCCAACUCCACUUCCCCUCCCUUUCUCUCUCCUCCCCUUCUCUCUCCUCCCUCACCAUAACAAGCCCAAGCCUCUCUCUCUCCUCAAAAACAUCUCCUUCCACGCCAAACCACACCGCCUCCUCGCCGUGGUGGGCCCCAGUGGCGCCGGAAAAUCCAGCCUCCUCCAUCUCAUCUCCGGUCGCGCGUGCCAAACAUCGCAGCUGACACGUGGUGCGAUCCUCCUAAACGGUCUGCAUGUAUCCGCCGCUCUCCUUCGACACACGUGCGGCUUCGUCCCCCAACAGGAUGCCCUCCUCCCUCUACUCACUGUACAGGAAACCCUCAUCUACGCUGCACGACUUAAACUGCACGUGACGAGGCGGAAAGCCGAGUCACGUGUAAGAGCCCUGAUGGAGGAGUUGGGACUCGUCCGAGUUUCGGACUCUCUGGUGGGAUCGGUGGGCUCGAGAGGGGUUAGUGGGGGUGAGCGAAGGCGAGUCUCUGUGGGCUCGGAGGUGGUGCAUGACCCGCCAAUUCUCAUACUCGACGAACCCACGACUGGGCUCGACAGUCGAGCCGCUUUUAACCUGAUCCAGACCCUCCGAGCCAUGGCUAGAUCGAAGGGCCGGACCAUAGUACUCUCUAUACACCAGCCGAGUUAUAAGAUACUCGAUAUCAUCGACGAGUUUUUGCUUCUCUCACAUGGUGAACUAGUCUUUAAUGGAACCCUAAAAGCGCUUAGGGAUUUGAUUACAGUGGAGAUGGGAUUGAGGAUACCUGCUCAGAUCAAUACGCUUGAAUAUGCCAUGGAGAUUAUCAAAACCCUAGAAUCGGCUAUAAAGGAAAACCCCAUUUCCCAAAACCCUGUAUUAGAGGUAAGAACCCCGAAUUUUGAAACCCCAGACCUCAAAAGCCUAUUCGGAUUCGAACCAGAGAUCAAAACAAGCCAUGAUUAUGGGUCUAGACUCAAUGAGGUCGUGACCUUGUGCUCAAGGUUCUGGAAGAUCAUUUAUAGAACGAAUCAGCUCUUAAUGGCGAGGAGCGCUCAGGCUAUAGUUGCAGGGCUGGGCUUAGGAAGCGUGUACUUCAAAACCAAAAGGAAUAGAACAGGAGUUGCAGAGAUUCUUGGUUUCUUCGCCUUUAGCUUGAGUUUCCUCCUCUCUUCAACAACAGAGGCCUUACCCAUCUUCCUCCAAGAGCGAAAAGUCCUCAUGAGAGAAGCAUCGAGAAAAUUCUACAGGGUUUCUUCGUAUUUGAUCGCAAACACCCUGGUUUUUGCCCCAUUUCUUCUCUUGAUCGCCCUUCUCUACGCAGGGCCGGUCUACUGGUUGGUGGGUCUAAACCCCAGCUUUCAGGCAUUCGCGUUCUUCGUAAUGGUGAUAUGGGGCAUCGUUUUAAUGGCGAAUUCUCUGGUUCUCUUCCUCAGUGCCAUCUCUCCUGAUUUUAUCACUGGUAAUUCUCUUAUUUGUUUGGUUUUAGGGGUUUUUUUCCUAUUUUCUGGGUAUUUCAUAAGCAAAGAGAACAUACCAAAAUAUUGGAUUUUUAUGUACUAUUUGAGUCUUUAUAAGUAUCCGUUGGAUUUACUUCUGAUAAAUGAAUAUGGCGGGAAAGAUAGGUGUUUAGAGUUGGGGGGUAGUUUUGAGAAUAGAGGUAUGAGUGGGGGUUGUUUGUUAAGAGGGGAUGAUGUAUUGAAAGGGAGGGGGUUGAGAGAGGGGCAAAGGUGGGUGAAUGUUGGGGUGGUGGUUGGGUUUUUCUUAUUGUAUAGGUUUCUUUGUUGGGUGGUGCUUCUCAGAAGGGUUUCUAGAACCAGGAUGUGAUUUUUUGUUUUUUUCCAUUUUCACAUAUAGUUUUUGUAUUUUCCAUUGCAUGAUAAAAUGUAUAAAAUUUC